GGGAGGGUGUGACGUCAUUAGAAUGCGCCCCCUGAGUUAAGGCUGUUUCUUGCUGCCGGAAGUAGUGCAGGUGGAGUGAGAAGGGUUUGUUCGGGGUCGAGGCGAUUCCUGGUUGGCCUUUGGGGAUCUUGCACGUGCAGAUGCGAUUUCAGCAGUUGAAGUCGUACAAAAUAGAUCUUACAACUCAUAGCAUCUUCAGAAAAGACCCACUCAGAUACAUAGAAGGCUCAUGUCAUCAGGAAUGCCUCCAGAAAGUGUUACAGCAACCAGCAACAGUGAUGUUCAAUCAAAAACAACAUGUAGCAUUGAUCAGAUGAAAGCCAAAGACUUGGUGUUGGAAAAGGUGGACAAUAUUAAAACCAUGUCAAAGAGACAAAGGAAGAAGCUAAUGAAACAGAAACAGUGGGAAGAACAGAGAGACUUGCGCAAGCAGAGACGUAAAGAAAAACGCUUGAAAAGAAAACUGGAACGCCGGUCUCAAUUGGAAUCAAGCAAUGAAGGAAGUAUCAAGAAACAGAUGCGUAGAGAUGUUGUCCCUAGUACACUUCGCCUUAUUAUAGACUGCAGUUUUGACCGUUUAAUGGAGCUAAAGGAUGUCAAGAAACUUCACAAGCAAAUUCAGAGGUGUUACGCAGAAAAUCGUAAAGCACUCCAUCCUGUGCAGUUUUAUUUGACCAGCCAUGGAGGCCAGUUGAAAGACAACAUGAAUCAGACUGACAAAGGUUGGGUAAACUGGAAGGACAUUCACAUUAAAUCAGAGCAUUAUAGUGAGCUGGUGAAGAAAGAAGAUCUUGUAUACCUUACAUCAGACUCUCCCGAUAUUCUGAAUGACCUAGAUGAGUCUAAAGCCUAUAUUAUAGGAGGAUUAGUGGAUCACAAUCAUCACAAGGGAAUAACAUACAAAAGAGCACAAGAAGAGGGCAUCCGCCAUGCACAACUUCCGUUAGGUGUCUUUGUGAAAAUGAACAGUAGAAAAGUUCUGGCAGUUAAUCAUGUAUUUGAGAUAAUUCUUGCAUACUUGGAGAAAAGAGACUGGAAAGAAGCAUUUUUCACAGUUUUGCCACAGAGGAAAGGAGCCAAGCCUCUGAAUGAGACAACUGAUGUGCCUACGAGCAAGUCUCAAGAUUCUGAAAGCAUUCAAGAUGAAAUCUCAGAUAGUGACUAACCAUCACAUAUUCAUUAGUGGAAAGGGGCCACGGAUACCAAAGUGUGGAAGCUGAAUGUAUAUACAGCAGUGAUACGCAGACUGCUCUGGAACUCUUUAUGAAAUAAUGUAAAUAUAUACUCCAAUUUACAGUAGGAAUAUAUAUUUACCUAUAAAAUACUUGAUUUUUAAUAUGUAGGUACUAAGCAAAAUUGCAGUUAAGAGUUUUAUGUUUCCCAAGGAAGCUGAUAUUUGAUGGUGGUUAUGGUUUUUUUGGACUCUGGCCAUGUUCUGAAGGUUGUUCUUCUUAACAUUUCACCAGUCUCUGUGGCCGGCAUCUUCA